GUUCUUCUGCUCCAACUAAUUCUACCCCAAUCCCUCUUUGGUGCUUCCCCGUUCAUAAAUGCGAGCGAUUUGCCUGAAUAUCUACCCACUUCACGAACAGGUCUUCCAGAUAUCAACAGCUAGGGUGAGUCUCUCUAUGUCUAUGUUUUUCUCCUCAGUACAUCCUCCUGUGUAGUUAUUCCGUCAUGACAUGUCUUCAGUUAUCAGGAAGACCUGGCAUACGUCCAUAAUCACUACCCGUCUUCGCCUGCGAGCUACGCUUACACGGUGUUCAACCAGCGAAGGCGCAACAGUUCAUCGACAUGAGCGGCUUUAGUAGGCGUAUCACUGAGGGUCAUGACAACUAUUUAGUGAAUCAACAGAUUGCUCUACCCAUCUCUUAUAGUCAUGCGGAUAGCCAUGACUUCAGCAGCAAUGGCACGGCACCACAUCAUUUCUCUCAGCAAACGUUCGGUUCAUACGCACCUCAAAUUGGACCCGCCUACACUCAGGCCGGCUUACCUCCCGGCAUCAAUCUAUCAUCUACGCACUCCAUUCCGGUCUCCCCAGAAGAUGAAGUUGUGCAGUACCAACCCGCACGAUGUGCACGGCAAGCGCGAUAUUUGCGGUCGCCGAGGUGUCUACCUCUUCGUGAAGCAAUCAAUGAGAUAGGAAUAGAGAGCCAGGAAUCUCUCAAUGAGAACACUAUGCUGUCAGAGCCAGUUAUUCCUCCAUUGGAGGGUUUUCCUAGCGUGAGGGAAUUUGAUCAAUUGAUUAGAUGUUAUGUGGAUGAUCUAUCAGUCAAGAAACAAGACAAAGCAUUGAUUCAUGCCCGAAGAGCACGGAACAUCAGGACUGUCCUGAUCGACCCAAAAGAUACUGCCAUUGAAUCGGCCCAAUUCAGAUUCUGGGUGAAAAAGAUGUUCAAACUUCAAAUUGUUGGCAUUGAAUCCUCAAAUUGCGCAAAAAUUAUCUGUCACGAAGGAAAACCUGUAGCCAUUCGAGAAAAGCUCUUCAAAAUACUCACGAGGGCACAUCAGCAAUGUCAGCAUGGCGGUAGGGAUAAAACAUCAGCACAGGUUCGGCAGAUAUAUUCCUGGGUCCCGAAAGAGCUCAUUUCCCGAUUCGUCAAGAUAUGUCCUACAUGCCGAGUUCGUCGGGGUGGUGCACGAUUGACGCCCCCUAGUUCAAGCAGAAGUUCCCCUCGACUUGAGCCUCCGAGUCGUUCACACAGACUUCCCUCCCCCCCAUCUUCUAGGCGAGAGUCGAUUCUAUAUGGUCAACCCACCCUGGAAAGGGCGCAAGCAGACUAUUUGAGUCAAUCAAAUGGUCAGGCUGGCUGGUCAGUUAAUUAUCAUGACGCAGUUGGACGAUCUGGCCUCAUUGCAGGUUCUGUGAGAUCGCUGAGCGGAGCAUCGGUGGCCAACCUGCCAAGUCCUAUGUCCAUGACAUUAGAUGCCUUCCACGGCGGUGACUUGUCUCAGCUCAGUUAUGGCCCGGCAUAUGCGACUGCGAAUGAGCAGACGAAUCAUUGAGGCUUCUAGUCAUGCGGAUUUGAACCUUCAAAGCAUCGUAUCAUCCAGCAGUCUUCAACAUGGUUUGCGGAGCGGCUGAUUUCGCGCUAUGUGAGAUUCAGACCCUUCAGAAUAGUUCAAAUAUCUGAAGAUCUGCUCAUUUUUAUUCUCUUAAUGUGUCUACAUUGUACAAGGGUGUUCAGAUCCUCCAUGGCUGUCCAAGUACCAGUGAAAGAGGAUAAAUGCCCAAUACUGUUAAGUAGUGGUCUUGUUGCCCCAGAACCCAAAGACGUCUACCCCACGUGGGCCGGCUACUGAUGCACCAAGGAUAUUAAUAUAAAUGAAAUCAUGCUACUAACACGA